AUGUUUGUUCCGACAAAUCGUGUCGAACUUACUUCUCCUAAUGCUCAUGCAGAUUUAACAUCUAUUAAAGAACGAAGAACAAAUUCAACUAGUAGACCAAUUGAAGACGUUAACUCAGGCAAAAAUGAAGUAUUGUUUAACGAAAAGAAAACCCUUAAACGACAUCUUGGUUUAUUUUCCGGAAUCUCAUUUAUACUUGGCAUGAUCAUUGGUUCGGGAAUAUUUGUUUCUCCAAAAGGUGUUCUAAUACAGACACAAUCAGUCGGAUUAUGUUUAGUAAUAUGGGUAUUAUGUGGUGUCGUGUCUAUGCUAGGUGCAUUAUGCUAUGCAGAAAUAGGCACAGUUAUACCGCUAAGUGGUUCUGAAUUGGUCUAUAUGAGAGAAGGAAUCGGAUCGGUUCAUCUUCGUACCGGUGAUAUACUUGCUUUUGUCUUCAAUUGGGCGAAUACAUUCAUUCUUGAACCUUCAAGUGUUGCUAUUCUUUCUUUAACAUUUUCAACAUAUUUUUUAUCGGGAAUUAUGGACAGUUGCGGUCCGCCGAUAGAACUGGUUAAGAUGCUAGCAAUCUUUGUAGUUGGAGUUCUUGGUACUGUAAAUGGAAUCAGUGUGACGGCAGCCAAUCGGCUAAAUAUUGCUUUUGUCGUAUGCAAAACAGUAACAAUUUUAGUAAUUACUAUAGGUGGUCUCGUACGCAUUGGACAAGGUUACACUCAAACUUUAAAAAGUGGCUUUGAUGGUACAGCAAACAAUCCAUUAAGUAUUUCACUUGCUUUCUAUUCAGGCCUUUGGGCCUAUAGCGGAUGGGCAAGUUUGAAUUCAGUAACUGAAGAACUUAAAAAUCCUAAAAGGAAUCUAUGGUUGUCAAUUGUAGUGGCUCUUUCAUCAGUGAUUAUUCUAUAUCUUCUUGCCAACAUAUCCUAUUUCACAGUGAUGAACAAAGCGGAAUUGCUCAGUUCUGAUGCUGUAGCUGUGACAUGGGGAGAAGCCGUAUUGGGUCCUGUUGUCCGUCUAUUACCUAUCCUGAUUUCAUUUAGUGCAUUGGGCAGCGCCAAUGCAACAAUUUAUACAUCUGGUCGAUAUUUUAUGGUCGGUGCACGUUAUGGAUAUUUGCCUGAAAUUUUUUCUUGUAUUCAAAAGCAACGAUUAACACCACUACCGAGUAUUAUACUUAUAACUAUUCUUACCAUCAUCUAUUGUAUUCCAAGUAAUAUCGGGAAUUUGAUUGAUUUUUUCAGCUUCGUUGCUUGGGUCUUCUUUGGAUUAACAUUUGUUGCCACAAUUUGCUGUAAAUUUACAAAACCUAAAGCCUUUCGGGUUAUUAAAGUUCCAAUACCUAUAAUUAUUUUUAUGAUAUUAGUUGCUAUCUAUCUUGUUAUUGCACCUGUUAUAUCAAGUCCAAAUGUUGGAUAUCUUAUUGCAGUUAUUAUUUUGCUUGUCGAAAAAAUCAACAUGUUUUUUCAAGAAUUUUUCGAUUUAACAAUAGCGGUAGUCAACAUUGAAGCAUAA